CUGCUUCUCUCAUUACUCCUCUGUUUUUUAAGAGGAGGGACAACCUCGAGCGCUGUCCCUUCUGAAUGGGAAAGCUAUCAUGACCAUGAUGCGUUAGUCGACAAACUACAAGAAAUCGUACAGGAAUGUCCACAGAUUUCCACUCUAUACAGUAUUGGUCGGUCAGUUCUAGGACGUGAACUGGUUGUGAUUCAGUUUUCAACAACACCAUCAGAACAUGUGGCACUGAAACCGGAAGUUAAGUAUAUUGGAAACAUCCACGGUAAUGAACCCCUCGGGCGAGAGCUGCUUAUUCGUCUUGCUGACUAUCUUUGCGAUGCAGCAAACAAGAAGGAUAAGGAAGUGCUUCAACUACUCAAUUCUACAUCGAUUCACAUUCUACCAACGAUGAAUCCAGACGGUUUCAACGUCGCACUGAAUACGCACGAUGUUGCUUGCUUCUUCAGAGAUUUCCCGGAACUGGAUGAAGUAUUCUACGAACUCGAAAAAUUGAAAGUCCCGCGAUUUGAUCAUCUUAUGGAUUUGUUCGUUGAUAACAAAGAGCGUCAGCCAGAGACAGUAGCAGUUGGUCGCUGGACACUUUCGCUGCCGUUUGUGUUGUCAGCAAGUCUUCACGAAGGCGAUCUCGUCGCCAAUUAUCCUUUCGAUUCAGCAGCGGAAAAAGGUGUCAAUGCCUACUCGGCUUCACCUGAUGACGGAACCUUCAGAUGGUUGGCCCAAACUUAUGCGAAAAACCACGCUCACAUGGCGAAGAACGACCAUCCUCCAUGUGACGGUACAAGUGAGGAUGCGUUUGCUAGGCAAGGAGGAAUUACAAACGGUGCAAAAUGGUACUCAGUGUCUGGUGGUAUGCAGGACUUCAACUACUUAGGCACCAAUGCCAUGGAAAUCACUCUGGAAUUAAGUUGUGAAAAGAUGCCCGAGGGAAAACUGCUGCCACAAUUCUGGAAUGACAACAAGAAAGCGUUGAUGGAGUACAUGUUCGCUGUCCAUUCUGGAAUCAAAGGUUUGAUCACAAAUGCGGUAACCGGUGAGCCAAUCUCGGAAGCUGUCGUGUGGAUACGAAAUGGAACCGAUCCGAUGCCAAUCCGCCAUCCUGUCACAAGCUGGCUGCUCGGCGACUACUACCGUAUUCUACCGGUCGGUCAAUACGAAGUAAUUGUGAAUGCCGAGGGUUACAAGCCGGCAGCACGUAAUGUGACAGUAACCAACAAAGUCCGCGAUAGUGCUAUGACCGUCGAUUUCGUCCUGGAGCCGAUUGCUCAAGAGCAACCAACUGACGUGGAAAUUGCGCAACUUGUCGACGCUCUUCAGCAACAGGAAGAAUAG